AUGGAUCGAUUGAAAAUUUUGCUCCCAUUAUCGGACACUUCUGAUUUACACAUAACUUCCACUACCUUAACCCUCCUUCGUUCUUCUCAAUUUUGGAAUUUUAUAUUGCGAGCGACCGGAAAAGUCUCUGAUUUGAACGCGCACCCAUAUAUUCGACAAAUAAAAGCAAUAAUAAGUGGGUUUAUUAAAAUUAUUAAAAAAGAUGCUAUUACGAUCCGAUCUUUACAACAACUUCUCAAGUAUGAGGAUGAAACAUUGAUUCGAUUCUUCAAUUCAAAUAAUAUAAAACAAGGGGAUAUUAACAAGCUUCGUAUCCAAUGUGGAAAUUAUGAAGAAAAAUUAGCACAACUUCAUUAUUUUUAUACUCAAUUUUGUCCAGUUGAAAAAAUUAAAGGUGUUGAUGUUUUUCUUAAAGAUAUGGAACAAAGAUCAAAAUGUGACACUUUAACUCUUCAAGAGACUCUAGCAGAUAAUCAUUGGGAAUAUCACAAGACUAAUGAAAAUGCUGCAAAACUAACAUAUAAAUUAGCAAAUCUUCAAACAUUCAGAAAUAUAUUUAAUCAAAAGAUUAAUAGUGAAGAAGAAAUUAACAUUGAAGAAUUGGCACAAAGUAUUAUACCAUCACUUGCCCAAAUAUAUGAACAAAAGACCAUGAAAUACAAAACUAAUGAAUGGGAAACCCUUUAUUGCAUUGAAGAAAGCACUUUUUGGAAUAAUGUUAAAGAUGUUAAAGCAGAACUUGAUUUUAUGAAUUUAAAAGCGGAUAAAAGAUUGAUAAAAACUUUAACAUAUGUGUCAAGGUAUCCUAUAUAUGUUGAAAGACUUCAGCAAUUGAAUGAGGUGGUAUCAAUGUUUAAGGUAACUCAUACAAAAGAAGAUUGGAUUGAAACGCAGCUUACGCUUUUAAAUGGAAACUAUUUAUGGCUCGGAAGACUUAAUGAUUUCUUUGAAUAUCAUGAUCGGUCCUUAUCUUCACUUAAUGAAAAUUGUUGGGAACUGAUUAAGUCAUUAUCACUUGCCGAUGAAUUUAUCCGUUUCCUUCAGUCUGUGGCUGAACAUGAUAUAACUAAUAUAAUUAAUGGUGUGGAUAAUCAAUCUGAUGAACGUCUCAUUCAAGAAGAUACAGUUUCUUCAUUGAUUCAAGUUAAAAAAUUCUUAUUGCCAUUGUUAAAGAAUGUAGAAAGUUUAAAACCUAAAACAUUUUUGAAAAAACUCUGUGAAAUCACAGAGCAAAAUCCAGUAUUGGGGCAAAAGAUUACUUUAUGUAAUAGUAAUAGAAAAGCAUUAGAGAAUAUGUAUAAAAAUAUUAAUAAUAGAACUGAAGUUACUCAAGAAAGAAUUAUUAACGCUGUAAAGAUUGGAACAUAUACAUUUAAACGAAUUAGUAAUGAUGAUAAAUGCACUGCUACUUUAUCUUAUCCUAUCAACUCCUUUUCAGCUAAUUCUGACUCUAUGGACGAUAAAGAUGAAUCUAAUGAAAAACCAUACACUUUAAAUGAUUUGCAAGACUUAAGAGGAAGGGCUUUGUUAAUAGCCAAACCUGGUGUAACUAUAGAAAUGGAAAUUCCUGAAAAAGAGCAAGAGCAACAAGAAAGGGCUAAAAAAAUAAUGAAUGAAUUUGUGAUCCAAGUAGAUUUUGCACAGGAGAUUAUAAAUGUUGCUUCUAAAUUAAUUCAGAUAGGUCACUUUAAUUAUAGAGAUUUUAAUAAAAGUGUUAAAGGAACUGAAAAUAUGCAGAAAUUGUUAAAUGAAUUAAAUGAGCAUCUGGUUGAAUGGGCACAAAAAGAACAUUAUUAUUUGACCUUCUUCCCUGCGCGUCACAUCUUGGCAUUUCAUGAUUAUUUUAAUGACAAUGCCAAAGAUAAAGCUGCAAACCUUGAAGAAUGUCAAAUACUUAUAACAUUUGUGAAUAAUGCUGCUCGAUUGCCACCACCAAAAUCACAAAUACAAAUGGAAAUUAUUGAUGAUAUUCAUGAAAACUCUCAUGAUUAUUAUAGUACUCUAUGUAGUAUAGGGUCCAAAUUGGCAGAUAUAUUUGAAAACAUUCCCAAACAGAUACGAGAAAUUAAAGACACGGGAGAACGUAUUAAAUCAGAUAUUGUCCAACCUGGGAAAUUAUUUGUGGCUGCAUGUAGUAAUAAAUCUCUUGUACCAAAUAUCAUAAUGUCACUGUAUGCCAAUCACAAAUCUUAUCCUCAACCGUGGCAAAUAUUGAUAUGCACUUCUUCAACGACUAUGGAAGAACUUUCUAUUUUCACUAAACGAUGUUUCUUUGCGUCUGAUAAUGGAUAUGACGGCCAUUUAUUCUGCAUCGCUAAUUUAGAACUAGUAGAUUUUGAGUUACAGUAUAAUCUUGUUAAUAACAUUAGAUCCAUGAAUCGGAUGAAAAAUAUCAAAGAUAAAUAUUUAUUAGCUCUUAUAUGUUGCAAAGAAUCUGAAGUUCAACAUCAUAUAUUGGAUCAAUUUUCUCAGGAUAUUCAUGUAACCAAUGGGCUAGAUGUAGAUGCUAUGAAAGGAAUAUAUCAAGAGCUAUGUCCAGACGUUAGACGUGUAUCAUCAGAAUUAUCAGGACAGGGUAAAACGGAAUGGAUUAAAGAUGCUAGUUUUGAGAAAAAUAAAAUUCCUCGUAGUUUUCUAAUUAGUGAUGGAGUUGAUUUUGGAACACUUGUUAGGCGUUUAAAAGAACACAAGAUUAGACCAGUUGAAAGUUUGCAUUUAAAUAUAGUAUCUGCAGAUAAUCCUGGUGACGUUAAUCUAUUCCUAUUUGAACUGUUAACUUUAGGAAUGGUUUCUAAUUAUACGGAUAUAGUUUGUCUUCCCAAUACUCCCAUUUUCAUUGAAGUUGCAACAACUGUUGGACAGUAUUUACUCAAAUCUUUGCCAUUUGUCGAAUGUCUUUCCAGCGAACAUAUAACUUGGGAUAUUUCUAAUCUUUCUGUAUCUCAAGAAAUUGAUAACCCAAUUCAAAUCGUUUGUCAUUAUUUAGAAGCGGAUGAAAAAUCAACUAUUGAAGAAAAAGAUCUUUUGUUCAAUACCACUGGCACUGAUAUCACGGAGCCACUAGAGGAAAAUCGUUGUAGAGAACUCAUCAAAAAAUAUUUGUUUGACGAUAAGGAUGAUAGUGAUAUUUCAUCAUAUAGAUUUGUCGAAAUUUUUAUUAAUGUUUUGGCAAAUCAAUUAAUUGGACUAUCUUUAAGUUCCUACUUCCGAGUUGAUAAUUUAAAAUUAAUGACUAAAGAAAAAGACAUUAGAAAAACUUUGGUCAAUACAUUACUUACUGCCUCCAAAGAUUUUGCCACACGUUCAAUAAAGACUAAAGCUGCUCAAUUAGAAUCAAUAACACCUUUAAAUGAUGAUAGACUGGGUACAAUUGUUCAAUGGGAAGAUUCAAAUCAUUUAUUAGUGUUUUUCUUGUCUCAAGCACCAGAUUCUAUUUGUGCUUUAUAUCGUAAUGCAAAAAAAGUUCCAGACAAUGUAACAAAAUUAUUACAAACCGGGGUAGUCGAAGUUAAGUUUCAUGCGCUGAACCUGCACGCGGGUAUUUCCGAAGACAUCAUAAGAUCUUUCAUGACAAUGGUUCAGGAUGAAUCUCAAGAGAAGGAAACUUGGAUAUUUUUUGAUGAAAUUAAUACUUGUAAUUACAUGGGACUUCUCUCCGAUCUCAUAGCUCAUAGACGAUGGUUAGGCAAAGAAGUCCAUUAUAACAUUCGCAUUUUUGCUGCUUGUAAUCCUUAUCGUAAACGCACUAAAAGUCAGAGUAGUGUGGGAUUAAAGGUACAGCAAAAGAUAAAAUAUGAGGAAAGAAAUGAGUUGGUUUAUCAAGUCAAACCAUUGCCAGAUCAAAUUCUUGAUUAUGUUUGGGAUUAUGGAAUUCUUCAGGCACUUGAGGAAGAAAAGUAUAUUCAAACAAUGGUUUCUGAAUCAUUAGGAGAAUAUGAUGAUAAUAGUGUAUUUGCAAAAUUAUUGGCAGAAUCACAACGAUAUAUUAGACACAUCGAAGAACCUUAUAGUGUUAGUCUAAGAGACGUGAAACGUGCGAUCACUCUAGUAAAAUUCUUUGCAAAGAGUCUCACGAAUCGUCCUCCGAUUCGAAGAAAAAAUUCACCUCCGUACCCUAAUCCAGCCGAUGGAAUUAAAUUUUCGAUUAGAUGUUAUGUAUUGUCAUUAGGACUCUGUUAUCAGUGUAGAAUGUAUGAGCAGUCUAUUAGACAAACGUAUAGAGAAAAAAUGGCUAGAUUAUUGCUUACUAAUGGAAUUCAAUUUGAUGAGGCUAAGUUUAACACUAUCAUUAGACAAGAGCAAGAAGAUUACAUUAAUAGAAUGAUUUGUCCUCCAAAUACUGCACAUAAUGAAGCACUUUUAGAAAAUGUUUUGGUUAUGAUAGUUUGUAUUUUAACAAAGAUUCCUGUAUUUAUUAUUGGUGCCCCUGGCUCCUCAAAAUCGCUAGCAAUAAGACUUGUAAGUCAGAAUCUAAAAGGCUCGGAUUCAAAUGACAAGUACUUUCAGGAAUUACCGCAGGUUUAUCUAAUCCCUUAUCAAGGUUCAUCGUCUUCAACAUCCGAUGGUAUCAUAAAAGUAUUUGAAAAAGCUGUUAAUUAUCAGAAUACGAGUUCUAAAGAAUUUAAAAUCAUUAGUGUGGUCUUGCUUGAUGAAGUUGGAUUGGCAGAAACAAGUCCAUUCAAUCCAUUAAAAGUUCUUCAUUCAUUACUUGAACCAAGCUAUCCUUCGGAUGGUCCUACCGUAGCUUUUAUUGGCAUAUCUAACUGGAGAUUAGAUAAUAGCAAGAGCAGUAGAGCAUUAUUGGUUCAAAGACCGAAAUUUGACCUGGAUGACCUGAUAGAUACAGCAGUCAAUCUUCUAGGCUCAAAGACCAAUCCUGGCGGUUCUAAGAUAACAAGUUCCUCUCUUAAACCACUCGCAGAUGCUUAUUCAUCUUACGAGCAAACUGGGCAGCUGCUUCCUAAUUUCCAUGGUCUUCGUGAUUACUACGCAUUAGUAAAAUCAUUAUCUUUGGCUGAAUUAACGCCUCAAAAUAUUCAAAAAUCCUUAGUUCGAAAUUUUGGUGGUACAGAUCCGGAACAAACUCAAAAAUUAUGCGAACAUUAUUUUGGAGAGGUAUUUAGACUAUCUAAUGAUGCCAAGAAUUGGGAAUAUACUCCUAUUCCGGUCGAAGAGUUAAUUAAUGCGAAUUUGGAUGAUGAAGGGGCAAGACAUCUUAUGGUCAUUGGAAAAAGUGAUUCAAUUGUCAGUUUGUUGACUUAUCAGUUGAGAAGUAGAAAUUUAGAUCCGGUUAUUAUCUUGGGAUCUCAAUUCCCUGAUGAUCGAGAUGAUUAUUCUUAUAGUGUGCUAAGCAGGAUUAUGAUGUGUGUUGAAGCUGGAAGACCAUUAAUAUUGACAGACUUGGAAAUUAUUUACGGGAGUCUUUAUGAUCUGUGGAACCAAAACUAUAUCGUCGUGGGUAGUGCAGAUGAUCCAAAAUAUUAUACUAGAGUGGCACUCGGUGCUUAUGCGAAUCCUAUGCUUUUUGUCAAUAAAACAUUUAGAUGUAUUCUAGUACUUGAUGAGAAGAAACUUGAGACAGCUGAUCCACCACUUCUAAAUCGGUUCGAAAAACAAAAAAUGACAAUAAACAACAUCUUAACACCUCAAAAUAUUCAGAUAGUUGAACAAUUAUCUAGCUGGGUAACUCAAAUGUCAAAAGUAUUUGGUGGCCUUAACUCAGCCAUGUCAAUAAUGGAAUUUAAGCAAAAGGAUCUAUUUAUUGGAUUUGAUCCUGAUGAAACAUUACAAAGUUUAGUGAUUGACAUUACUAAGAGAUAUCCGAAUAGUGAUGAUGCAGACAUUCUUCAAAAGUGUAAAGAAAAACUGAUCGCAAUUGCCUCAAGUGAUGGAAUUAUAAGAGCGGAAAAAUCUGGAUUAGAUGCCGAUGAAAUUAAGUUCUGGAAAAAUAUUUACUAUAAUGACCAAUGCCAUAAUGAUCUUGCCACAUACAUUCAAUCUUCUCUAAAUAAAUUAAAAAAUGAAAAUUACUCAGAAGGACUUCAAGUUAUCAUUAAUACAUUCUCCAACAUUAACACAGAUGUAGAAGCUUGUCUGAAAGACACGAUCAAUUGUCAAGUAGAUAAAUUAUCGACAUUCAAAACAGAAGCACAGCUUCAAAACAGAGUUAAACAUUUCUGGUUAAAUUCUACGGCUGAAAUGUUAAUUCUCCAAUGUGAUGUUACGACGAUAAGUGCCGGAUGUAUUAAAUUGGCUAAAUUUAUAAUUGAACAAUUUAAAAACGAUUAUAUGAUUAAAAAGAAAACAAGGCCUGAAUUGAAGAUGAAAACAAAACAUUCAUGUGUUAUACUGCAUAUUCAUAGAAAGCAAGAAAAUUCAUUGGCAACUUUUAAUUUUAUGUGUGGAUGGGAUCAAAUAACGAUUGAAACUCUAUCUGAACAAGAAAUACCUUUAUCAAAACUUUUGGAUAGAAGUCUAAAUGAUGUUAUUAAUACUACUUAUAAAUUUGAAGAUAUUUUGAAACAAGAAUUAUUAUGGUGCUUGUUGUGUAUGAAAUAUCCCUCGAAUAUAAAAUCCAUUGAGCAUAUCAGGAUUUUGAACUCAGAAAUUUGUAAACACCCAAUUUUAUUGGAGUGCAUAAAAGCACGCACCCAACAGUGGCUUCAAGAAAAGGCAUCUAAAAGCUGGCAAUAUGAUGUAGCAUCCAAUAAGAAAUUAUUAUAUAGAUAUCCAUCAUUUUUAGCAGCAUUACAGGCUUAUAUCAAAGGAUUUGUCAGAAGACCGAUUGCCAAAGCUUUAUGUGCACUUGAAAGAUUCGCAGCAACCAAAACUUUCUUCUUAAUAGAUAAUCCAAAUAUUUCAAAUGAAGAUAAUUAUUUGCUCAAUUUUUGGUUAGAAAUGUUUAAUGAUCAAAAAAUAAUUAAUAUCGAAGAAAUAUCAGAGCCAUCACCAGAUUUAUAUACUAUGCCUCUAGGAAUUUAUAAUCUACAAUUUCCAUUUUCUUAUUACUUCAUGGAACAAAUUGAUAAUUUUAGACCAAUUUAUCAGGAAGAAAUUAAUAUAUUAUACCAAAAUCCCGAUAACGUGAACAACCUAUCUGGUGAACUCGAAGAUUCUGUGAUUAAUGAAUAUCUUAAAAAUUUCACCGAAAAAAUCAGAGCAGAAGUUCCUUUAUUAAAAACAUCACCAUUGGAUAAAGCAUCAGAUCUGUAUUUCAAAGAUUUCAUUUCGGUUAUAGCAUGUAAUGAACCUGGUAACAAAGAUCCUGAAUUAUUAGAAUCAAUCUUUGAAAGAAGACUCGGCAAAGAAAAGGUUUUGAAUCCAAUAAUAUUACAUACUUAUUGGUGGAUUCAUGGAAAUUCCAUAAUGGCAGAAUUACAACUAGUUCAAAUAUGCCCAACAAUAGCUCCAGAAUUAAAAAACAAAUCUGGUGACGCCGUAACUCUAGUUAAAGAGGCUAUAGAAAUAUUAUUAGUUAAAAUCAGCAAAGACAAAAACAUGAAUGAAGCUUACGAACAAAAAGAAGUUGAUCGAUGGAAAUAUGAAGCUACUAAGGUUCUUUCAUUCAGCAAAGAAAUUCCAAAAGCUUCAACACUAGAAUCUCUCAAAUUAUUGCAAUUUUGUAACGAUUUACUCUCCAUCAAAUCAAUCAGACCACAUAGUAUUUCAAGGAUUAUUUCUCUUGCACAAAAUUCAGUGUCAACAUUGACGAUAGAGGUCUUGAAUGUAUUAUUCGAUGUUUUAUAUGAAAUCGAACCCACUGAAAUAAAUUUGGUAUUUAAACGAAAUAUUAUUCUAAGAUGCCUUGAUAUAAUUCCUCUAGAGUCAGAUUUACGAAUUUGGCUCUAUCGAAGGUUGUUUGAAAAUCAACCAUUCCCACUUAUGGGUAUAAUUAUUCAAAAAAUUUUCGAAACAGAAAAAACAGCACACGAAGGUAUAUUCUUCCAACUUAUUAAAGGCCAACCAGGGAUUCUUACUUUUUAUCCUAGACUUCAAGAAAUCGAUAAAUAUCUUACAGAACUUGAUUUAAAAAUGGCCACUUUAUGCUGUGAUAUCAUUCAACGAUGUUUUUUUGCAAAAACGACUAUAGAAAAAUUAGUAUCCUACUUCCCUCAUGCUUUAAGAACAUUGUGUGAAGAAGAAAUACAACCAUUACAACGAAUCUCAGCUGUUGCAUUCUUAAAAGAAUUUGUUAGAAUGUUUUUUGAUGUAGUCAUCAAUAAUGAAAAUGCUUCUGUUGCAUAUCAACUUGAUAGUAUCCAAGGGAUUAACGGUACCAACUUUUUACAUAAAAUCAUUGAAGCGUUAAAAGUAGAACACUCGUUAGUAUAUUCGUUAAGAAUAUAUUUCCUUCGAGAUUUAAGAAGACGUGGAUAUUCAUUCGAUGAAGUAAGAAGGUUUUGUAAGAGACGACCUGAUGAACUGCCUUGGCUGAAUAAUUUCCCUUGGGAAUCUAGUGAUUCAACAAGAUUUCCAUUUAACCCUUAUUGGCAUCUUUCCGAAUAUCCAGAAACUGAAAUUGCAUAUGCGAAUAUGCGCCGAAUUGGAAAUAAAGUACAGAUAGAUGAUUUCCUUAAAAAAGUCGAUGGAGGAUCAAUAAAUUCACGAUUAUCUCUUAUUGGAUUGCUUGUCAUGAGACUCCAUGCUGUUAGGGCUUCACGUGGGUGGGAUGAAAAAGAAAGAGAGUUAACUAUACAUUUAAAAUCAAAAAUUGAUAACAUGAUUAGUCUUCCAGAUGCUUAUAGACAAAUGGUUUCCAAACUUUUAGAAAAUACCCACAAUUUAUAUAAGAUUGGAACUGACACCACAAGUAAUAAUUUAAUCAUGAAAUCAGUACUUAUUUAUAUAGUUGGAUUACACGCCUCUAUGAAUUCAGAUUUUUCACCCUUGACUGCUUAUUUGCAAGAAAUAGAAGGAUGUGGUUCCAUGUUUAUUUUAUCAUGCCAAUCAGAUGAGGAAUCUGCUUUGUUCAAUGCGGUUGCUGCUAUGGGAGGUGUAUCUAGAUAUCAAUGCCAAUGUGGCUUUAAAUACGUAAUAGGCAAUUGUGGUGGUGCCAUGGUAACGGCAACAUGCCCUGGAUGUGGAAAUACAAUUGGUGGAAGUCAUCAUCGGUCAGCACCUGGCAACACACGACUUGAUCAAGAUAUUGUCUUAUCAGUGACAUCAAAUGAUCAAGCAGGAUAUGUUUCGGAAAAACUAGAAUCUUCACAAACUUAUACUGUUCGAGCAAUGUGCCCAACUUCAUAUCGAAUUUUACAUCUGAUAGUUCAUACACUUAUCUUAGCUUCAACACCGUCAGAGGCCACAAAUAAUUUCUUUAAACAAAAUGGAAAUACUUAUGGAGAUGUUACGGACUAUUGCAUGAAGCAUAUUGAAAAUGAUUGGGCUGUCUUAAAAAAGCUUCUUAAUAUUUCUGAUGAAAAUUUGGCACUAUUAUUCCAUUCUAUACUAAUCGAGAUGAUAAAUAAUCCAAAUCAUUCUAAACCAAACCAUUUGUUUAACUCGGUCGCAAGACAACAGUGGGAAACAAACUUUGCUCGAAAUUAUGUUACACCACUGAUAAAUAAUGUCACUCAAACCAUUAGAAACUUUAGUACUUCGUUGAGAAAUGCAAUGAAUGCGGCAGAAGUAUCUAGUAACAUUCUUGAUACAGAAAUUAGUCAAACGUUAGACAUGUCCCCACAACAUUGUAAAGAAUAUCUUCCCGGAUUGUGGAGAACUCUCGGCACAGUUUGUUAUGAAAGUCUUAAUGCUUAUUACUCUAGAGAUAUGCAUCAUAAUGUUCAAGCAUUUCCAUUCUUGGCAGUUUAUUUCAAGCAUGAAAAAAGCUUGUCACAAAUCAAGCAUCUUUAUCCUAUUGUCAAUUUCGUUAAAAUAUUACAUUCAAAUCUUGCCUAUAGAUUGCAAAGAGAAAAAGCAGUUAGUUAUACAUUCAAAGAAUUUAUUGAUGAAUCAAAGAACGAAGCAAUGUUUGAUACUCGCAUGACUCUAAAUACUGCUUUUGAAGAGUUUGCUAACGCUUGGAAUUCAGUUAUUGACAAUGUUACUCGAUAUCAGUGUCAUGAACUACCCAGACAUCCACAGAUUACUAUUAAUGAUUCUGUGACGUUCGGUUUAAUGGAGGCUAGGGAUUCUGGUGUUUUCUUAUGCGCAAUUAUAGACUAUUUGGUCGAUUUACAUAAUAAUUUCUUGGAGGAUGUUAUAGCCAUUCCAGAAAGAUCUUGUCUCUCUCUAAAAUUCUUAGAAGAAGCUACACCUUGGGUAUAUGAAGAAAUUGUUACUUCAACUCAGGUUAGAGUCACAAAAGCCACAAAUCCUUAUCAUAUUCCGUCAAAACGUUUAGAUUCAAUAAAACGAUCAAACAUUGUUGAUUAUGAGUGGGAUAAUAGGAUCCUUCGGUAUAGUCAGCAUAACCUUAAAAUUGGACACGGUGAAGAUAUAAUGUUCGAUCUUCAAGCUAUAGAAAUGGAACUUGCUCAAACUUUAGUCUCCGAAAAAGCGUAUAUUGAAAGAAAUGGUGACCAAUUAUUAAUGGACAAAUUCCCGUAUCACUUAGAACUAUUCCAAAGUUCAAUGAGAAUUUUAGGUGAAAUUAAAGAAUUAAUUCCACAAGAACCUAUUCCUAAUGACAAGAUUUCAUUAAUCUUUGAAUCCACUUCAUCAGCACCUUUAACAUCAAAUCCAUUUAAGAAUGCAAAUAUUUUAGCAAAGUAUUCAAUCGAAAAUGCAACAGAAUUACUUUCAUUCUUGGAAAUAUUUUUAUGCUUCAUUAAAAGAAUCUCAGCCGAUAAUGGUGAAACUCUUAUGAAAGAGUUUGUAAACCAAUGGUUAAAAUUAUCAAACUUAAUGGAAAAUAUCGGUUUUCAACAUAUUUUAAAUCUCGAGCUGAAAUUAAAACAUGCUAUUUCCUUAUACGAAUUAGUUGAAAAUCAAGUCGCAAACGAAGAGAUUAAAUAUCUUAAUACUAAAUAUAAAAAAUCACUAGAUGAAGAUAUGAAAAAUCAAGUUUUAGAAGCUAUUGAUUUCGAACAAAAUACUGGAGAACAAAAACAAAAGAUACCAGCCGAAGCGUUUGUUAUUGCUCUUAAGAGAUAUAUGCAAAGAUUCUUGUGCACAGAUAAUAUUAAAGCAAGUGAUCCAUUGUACAUUUAUGUUAACGAUAUGAGUCUGAAUUUAUGGCCCGACAGUGUCCCCGAGGAGUUAUUGGAUGAUGUUUUCCCGGAUUCAUUGUUGGUAGAAAAUACAUUCGAGGCUUACGAAUUUGUCAAUAAUAUGAUCAAGGUUGAUCAACAAUCACUUCCUGCAGUUAAGCAAAUCAAUCCAAUAGAAUUAGAUAACUCUAUGGAAGUGGAUCAUCCGGGAGUGGAUCGUCAUUCAAUGGAUUUAGAUCCCUAA